UCAAACCCCUCACACAUGAGAGUGCUGGCGCUGCAGAGGAGUAAAGCAGGAGACUCAGGAGUGAAGCAUCUUUCUUCUUUUCUGGAGGAUCCCAACUGUAAACUGGAGACACUAGAGCUGCAGAACUGCAGCAUUGGAGAGGAAGGCUUCACAGCUCUUGCAUCAGCACUGAGAUCAAACCCCUCACACAUGAGAGAGCUGUUUCUGAUGUUGAGUAAAGCAACAGACUCAGGAGUGAAGCAUCUUUCUUCUCUUCUGGAGGAUCCCAACUGUAAACUGGAGAAACUAGACCUGCAGGACUGCAGCAUUGAAGAGGAAGGCUUCACAGCUCUUGCAUCAGCACUGAGAUCAAACCCCUCACACAUGAGAGUGCUGCGGCUGAUGGGGAGUAAAGCAACAGACUCAGGAGUGAAGCAUCUUUCUUCUCUUCUGGAGGAUCCCAACUGUAAACUGAAGGAACUAGACCUGAUGAACUGCAGCAUUGGAGAGGAAGGUUUCACAGCUCUUGCAUCAGCACUGAGAUCAAACCCCUCACACAUGAGAGUGCUGCGGCUGUUGGGGAAUAAAGCAACAGACUCAGGAGUGAAGCAUCUUUCUUCUCUUCUGGAGGAUCCCAACUGUAAACUAGAGAAACUAGACCUGAGGAACUGCAGCAUUGGAAAGGUAGGCUUCACAGCUCUUGCAUCAGCACUGAGAUCAAACCCCUCACACAUGAGAGAGCUGGGGCUGACAGGAAAUAAAGCAGGAGACUCAGGAGUGACGCAUCUUUCUUCUCUUCUGGAGGAUCCCAACUGUAAACUGCAGACACUAGACCUGCAGAACUGCAGCAUUGGAGAGGAAGGCUUCACAGCUCUUGCAUCAGCACUGAGAUCAAACCCCUCACACAUGAGAGGGCUGUGGCUGAUGGGGAAUAAAGCAACAGACUCAGGAGUGAAGCAUCUUUCUUCUCUUCUGGAGGAUCCCAAAUGUAAACUGGAAAAGCUGGACCUGAGGAACUGCAGCAUUGGAGAGGAAGGCUUCACAGCUCUUGCAUCAGCACUGAGAUCAAACCCCUCACACAUGAGAAGGCUGCAGCUGAGAGCGAAUAAAGCAACAGACUCAGGAGUGAAGCAUCUUUCUUCUCUUCUGGAGGAUCCCAACUGUAAACUGCAGACACUAGACCUGAACAACUGCAGCAUUGGAGAGGAAGGUUUCACAGCUCUUGCAUCAGCACUGAGAUCAAACCCCUCACACAUGAGAGAGCUGUUUCUGAGAGGGAGUAAAGCAGCAGACUCAGGAGUGAAGCAUCUUUCUUCUCUUCUGGAGGAUCCCAGCUGUAAACUGGAGGCACUAGACCUGAAUGACUGCAGCAUUGGAGAGGAAGGUUUCACAGCUCUUGCAUCAGCACUGAGAUCAAACCCCUCACACAUGAGAGUGCUGUGGCUGAAGGGGAGUAAAGCAACAGACUCAGGAGUGAAGCAUCUUUCCUCUCUUCUGGAGGAUCCCAAAUGUAAACUGGAAAAUCUAGACCUGCAGGACUGCAGCAUUGGAGAGGAAGGUUUCACAGCUCUUGCAUCAGCACUGAGAUCAAACCCCUCACACAUGAGAGUGCUGUUUCUUAGAGGGAGUAAAGCAACAGACUCAGGAGUGAAGCAUCUUUCCUCUCUUCUGGAGGAUCCCAAAUGUAAACUGGAAAAUCUAGACCUGCAGGACUGCAGCAUUGGAGAGGAAGGCUUCACAGCUCUUGCAUCAGCACUGAGAUCAAACCCCUCACACAUGAGAGAGCUGUUUCUGAGUAGGAGUAAAGCAACAGACUCAGGAGUGAAGCAUCUUUCUUCUCUUCUGGAGGAUCCCAACUGUAAACUGGAGAAACUAGACCUGCAGAGCUGCAGCAUUGGAGAGGAAGGUUUCACAGCUCUUGCAUCAGCACUGAGAUCAAACCCCUCACACAUGAGAGUGCUGUGGCUGAGAGGGAGUAAAGCAACAGACUCAGGAGUGAAGCAUCUUUCUUCUCUUCUGGAGGAUCCCAACUGCAAACUUGAGGAACUAGACCUGAGGAACUGCAGCAUUGGAGAGGAAGGCUUCACAGCUCUUGCAUCAGCACUGAGAUCAAACCCCUCACACAUGAGAAGGCUGCAGCUGGGAGCGAAUAAAGCAACAGACUCAGGAGUGAAGCAUCUUGCUUCUCUUCUGGAGGAUCCCAACUGUAAACUGCAGACACUAGACCUGCAGAACUGCAGCAUUGGAGAGGAAGGCUUCACAGCUCUUGCAUCAGCACUGAGAUCAAACCCCUCACACAUGAGACAGCUGGGGCUGGAGGGGAGUAAAGCAACAGACUCAGGAGUGAAGCAUCUUUCUUCUCUUCUGGAGGAUCCCAACUGUAAACUGGAGGCACUAGACCUGAACAGCUGCAGCAUUGGAGAGGAAGGAUUCACAGCUCUUGCAUCAGCACUGAGAUCAAACCCCUCAAACAUGAGAGAGCUGUUUCUGAGAGGGAGUAAAGCAACAGACUCAGGAGUGAAGCAUCUUUCUUCUCUUUUGGAGGAUCCCAACUGUAAACUGGAGAAACUAAACCUGAACAACUGCAGCAUUGGAGAGGAAGGCUUCACAGCUCUUGCAUCAGCACUGAGAUCAAACCCCUCACACAUGAGAGAGCUGCGGCUGGAGGGGAGUAAAGCAACAGACUCAGGAGUGAAGCAUCUUUCUUCUCUUCUGGAGGAUCCCAACUGUAAACUGAAGAUACUAAACCUGAACAACUGCAGCAUUGGAGAGGAAGGUUUCACAGCUCUUGCAUCAGCACUGAGAUCAAACCCCUCACACAUGAGAGAGCUGUUUCUGAGAGGGAGUAAAGCAACAGACUCAGGAGUGAAGCAUCUUUCUUCUCUUCUGGAGGAUCCCAACUGUAAACUGGAGAAGCUAGAUCUGACAAACUGCAGCAUUGGAGAGGAAGGCUUCACAGCUCUUGCAUCAGCACUGAGAUCAAACCCCUCACACAUGAGAUGGCUGUGGCUGGGAGGGAGUAAAGCAACAGACUCAGGAGUGAAGCAUCUUUCUUCUCUUCUGGAGGAUCCCAGCUGUAAACUGGAGGCACUAGACCUGCAGAACUGCAGCAUUGGAGAGGAAGGCUUCACAGCUCUUGUAUUAGCACUGAAAUCAAACCCCUCACACAUGAGAAAGUUGUGGCUGAUGGGGAGUAAAGCAACAGACUCAGGAGUGAAGCAUCUUUCUUCUCUUCUGGAGAAUCCCAACUGUAAACUGGAGACACUAGACCUGAAUGACUGCAGCAUUGGAGAGGAAGGUUUCACAGCUCUUGCAUCAGCACUGAGAUCAAACCCCUCACACAUGAGAGUGCUGUAUCUGAGAGGGAGUAAAGCAACAGACUCAGGAGUGAAGCAUCUUUCUUCUCUUCUGGAGGAUCCCAACUGUAAACUGGAAGAGCUUCACCUGCAGAACUGCAGCAUUGGAGAGGAAGGCUUCACAGCUCUUGCAUCAGCACUGAGAUCAAACCCCUCACACAUGAGAGAGCUGUGGCUGAUGGAGAAUAAUGCAGGAGACUCAGGAGUGAAGCAUCUUUCUUCUCUUCUGGAAGAUCCCAGCUGUAAACUGGAGAAACUAGGCCUGCAGAACUGCAGCAUUGGAGAGGAAGGUUUCACAGCUCUUGCAUCAGCUCUGAGAUCAAACCCCUCACACAUGAGAGUGCUGGAGCUGGGAGGGAGUAAAGCAACAGUCUCAGGAGUGAAGCAUCUUUCUUCUCUUCUGGAGGAUCACAACUGUAAACUGGAGAAACUGAACCUGAUCAACUGCAGUAUUGGAGAGGAAGGUUUCACAGAUCUUGCAUCAGCACUGAGAUCAAACCCCUCACACAUGAGAGUGCUGGCGCUGACAGGGAGUAAAGCAACAGACUCAGGAGUGAAGCUUCUUUCUUCUCUUCUGGAGGAUCCCAACUGUAAACUAGAGAGACUAGACCUGAAUGACUGCAGUAUUGGAGAGGAAGGCUUCACAGCUCUUGCAUCAGCACUGAGAUCAAACCCCUCACACAUGAGAGAGCUAUUUCUGAGAGGGAGUAAAGCAACAGACUCAGGAGUGAAGCAUCUUUCUUCUCUUCUGGAGGAUCCCAACAGUAAACUGGAGAAACUAGGCCUGGAGAGCUGCAGUAUAACAGAUGAAGGUUUCAGAAUGUUAGCAUCAGCACUGAGAUCAAACCCAUCAGCCCUCAGAGAGCUCGAUCUGGAGGGGAAUCAGCCUGGACCCUCAGCACAGCAGCUGCUCUCUGAACUGAAGAAACAUCCAAACUGUAAACACAUACAAAUACAUGGAGUUGGUAAAGUGUUUAAUCCAGAGCUGCCAAGUGUUUCACGUGGGUCUGAAGUCAUCAGGGAAGAUUCCUCAGAAAACACUGUUCUGGACCAAGAGGAUUUGGAUUCUGUAGACAAUCCUGACCGGAGGACAGAUGUGAGAGGACUGUCUGGAGAUAUGGCUGAGUUGGACAUUUCGGCUGGUGAAACUCAGUGUAUGUAUGACAGACGACCAAACUGCUGCAAAUCCUGUGAAGAUGUUGAAGACACUUCCCACUGGAUCCUGAUGGAACCCUCUGUUUCCAUGGAGACAGGAGUGCCAGUGUAUACACACAGCUCUCCACCAGGAAGUUUUGAGUGCACAGCGUCUGGUUUGCGCUGGGUGUGUGUGGUUGAAGUCUCUCUAAAGUAUCACUUUAGUGACCCCCAUGUAUACGGAGCAGAGCUUGCCAUGUUGCAGUAUGAACCAAUUGGUCCCUUGAUGGACAUCAAAGUGCUCUCAGGUGAACUGUUGGAGGCUCAUCUGCCCCAUUUUGCCUGUCUGGAAGGUUCAGAUUCCUCUCUUAGAGAAGCUGUGAGAGUUCUGCAUGGAGUUGACAGCAGUGUAACUCUAGAGAAAUGUGAGCUGACCCGCUUCCAUGCAAAGCUCCUCAAGCCCUCCUUCUCACUGACUGAACUCCUGGUGAAAAUCGGAAUUCCAAUGAAAGCCCAUCUGGACGUAUUAAUCUACCGGACCAGAGUGACACCCCUGGUUCUGCUCACAUAUGUCGUGCCGCGGGAUGCAUCCAUGAUUCAGGCGGUAGAAGAGGAUAUACGAGAGACACACGAUGCUAAGAAGAUCAAAACACAUCGACCGGAUAUGUCCAUUUGGAUGCACACAAAGUUUAGCUUGAAGUCAUCUGUCAGCCAUGCUAAAAGUUCCCCAUCAGAGAUCACCCUGAAAUACAUCAGACCUCCAGACUUAUUCCGGUUGGUCGUUGAUAAAGCAGAUGACUGUUUUGAUUUGGAGCUGAUCAGUGAAGGACAGUCUAUAUGGAAAGCUACACUGGAAAGUUUUGAAUAUGGUGAAACUGGAGAUGUGGCACCCUGUCAUGAAAUUCCCUCAAAAGCAUCCGGACGUUCCCGAAGCGUGAUCCCCAGAGAAGCGGCUCACACGAGCAGAGCUGCCAGGGCCGUAGAGGAAGAAGGGAACAUGGCCUCCAUGUCACACCAAGAUCGACUGUCCUGUAUUCGGCCUGAUCUCAUCAAGAGGACAUCAGAAGGUGUACUGAAAUGUCUGAUUCUAGGGCUUGAAUCCCAUCAGCCUCCUGUGUUGAUCAGUGUUGAAAGAGAAGUCAUCCAGCAGAAGACCAGUAUGCUACAGGACCAGGUGACCUCCCUCAUCGACAUGGUGCUGAAAAAGGGAGACACAGCAUGUGGCAUAAUGCUCUCUCUCCUUAAAGAGCUGGACAGUUACCUUUAUCAAGACCUUAUCAAAGAUUAACCUUAAGAACCGUCUCUGACCUUAUCAAGAAAGUGCAGAACCUUAAAGCACAGCACUCUGAAGACCUAUAGGAAGAAACCCUCCCAGGGCAGGCUAGGUCCUUCUACAGAUAGUAAUAAUAACUCAUUUUGCUGUAAGGUGGUAACCCCAGAUCUCAAAGGCCCUCGACAGUAAAACGUGUGUAUUGGGGCCUCCUCACAUGGAACGUUUAUAACUUCCGUCCAGUUCAGUGAGCAAGUAGCCCUGUUGAGAGAAACUAGAGGAGCGCUCAAAUACAGCAAGACCGUGUGCAGAGGGCUUGUCACUGUUACAGUAUGUGGUAGCCCAGAAGCCAUCUUGUCCAGGGCAGGCUAUAGGUUCUUCUACAGAUAGUGUGGAAGUCUGUUACAGUAUGUGGUAGCCCAGAAUCCAUCUUGUCCAGGGCAGGCUAUAGGUUCUUCUACAGAUAGUGUGGAAGUCGGCAUGUGAUGUACUGUAAUGGCCCCUCACCCCCAAGGGCCACUGGAACUUGUAAUUACGUAAUUUCCCAGUGAAAUGAAGUGUCCCACACCAGCCCUGAUCUGGACUCUCCCUCUUCUCCAUCCCUUGACUUGGCGUGAACGGUUAUUCUAUUCUAUAUAGUCGUACUGUACGUAUUGCUGCACAGACAGUAUCCUAGUAACACUGUGCCUUUUGUACCUUAUUGUGCUGCAACUGUAACUGUAUUGUACCUUUACUGUAACUUGAUUGUUGUAAGUGGCUUUGAACAAAAGUGUCAGUUAAAAUUACUAAAUGUUAUAAAUAAUAUGACUUCUGGUAGUGUUUUUCAUACGACUAUAAGCAAUGUGACCACGCCUUCCUGGUAGUGUUUUUCAUACGCCUAUAAACAAUGUGACAAAGCCUUCCUGGUAGUGUUUUUGUAUACGACUAUAAACAAUGUGACCACACCUUCCUGGCUUCCUGGUAGUGUUUUUUUAUGCCCUUCAGUUUGUUGUAAAUGCGCCCCCUGCAGGUGAGAGAGGGAAUGUCAUGACUCCACUGUACAGGUACAGAUGUGUACAUUACAAUAAACAAUGUGACCACA